UCAGGCAGUGUGAAGGGCAGCCCCGAACUCUUUCCUGAGGACCCAAAUAUCACGCGGGAAACCGGAACUUAACGCGAAACAUGGAAGAGGUCGAUGUGGAUCCGACGUACACUCUUAUCCCAGGGUUGGGACAGAGAGAGCGGCACAUAGGUUUCAGCUGGGGGCCCGGAGAUCUGCUGCUGUAUGAAACGCGUUUUACAAAAACAGCUUGUAUAUCUCGUCCCUCAAAUGACUCUCAAAAUGUUGACAUGCAUAUUAGACACCCAGAACAUCGCAAUCUUAUGUACAUUGUGCGCAAUGAUGAGGACAUCUAUUCACCUGUUCUGCGCAAGCUCUUCAACGAGUCACACAGCAUCUUCGUGGGACUGCAAAAGAUUGAGGAAGAGUCCAGUAAAUCACGGAAAGCACAACUAGUAAGAGUAAGUAAGAAUUACCGCUCAGUCCUGCAGGCCUGUAUGCAGGAGAUGCAUGCCUUGGCUGUUUCAACACGAGACCCUGCACAAAAGGCCAAAUACUCUAACCAGCUAUCCAUCCUGUCUGCCAUGGAAUUGAGCUGGAACCUCUGUGAAAUACUUUUCAUUGAAGCGGCCCCAGCGGGCCAACUGUUAAUGCUGCUCUUGGAUUGGGUGCGUCUCCAUGUUUGUGAAGUGAAUACCAUUGCUCAAGAAGUGCUCCAAAGUGACAGUCCAACCCAGCAUGAGAGGUUUUGGGAUGCAAUCAUUGGCUUCAUCCUGCAAGGUAGAAUGGAUGAGGCCCGCCAGAUUUUGUCUAAGGAAUCAUCUGCCUCUGUAAACUCCCGAAGCAUGUGCCGUGUGCUGGAUGAACUCCUGAAAAAGAUGCCUAUUCUUGGUUCUUCUGUUAGUCAAACCUUGACAGAGUUUGAAUUGAAGUGGCAGCACUGGCGUGAGGAAUGUUCACACCACUUACAGAAUGGAACAUUCUCUUCCAACCAACAUAUGGAGACUGUCUGCAAGGUUCUUUUGGGAGAUGAGGCUACCUUAUUGGAGAAGAAGGACCUGAUGACCACGUGGUAUCACUUCCUUGUGUCACAUCUUCUCUUCACACAUCCCACCGUGAAACCCACAGAGCUGCACGCCUAUUCACAAUCCAGCCUGGAUAUAUUCUUGUCUGGAGAUAGCAGUUCAGAGCCUUUGGACAACAUUUUGCAAGCUGCAUUUGAGCUUGAUAUUCACCAGGUCAUCAAAGAGUUCAGCAUUGCUUCCCGGAACUGGUGGUUUGUGGCUCAUCUGACUGACCUGCUAGAUCACUGCCAGCUAUUUCAGUCACACAGCCUAAAUUUUGGAUCGAACAUGCGCGAGUUCCUCCUGCUAGAGUAUGCAUCUGGACUCUUUUCCCAUCACAGUCUUUGGCAACUCGGGGUUGAUUACUUUGACCACUGUCCUCAGCUGGGACGUGUUUACCUUGAGCUUCACAUGGAACGAAUCCCUCUGACCACUGAGCGGAAAGCUCUAAAGGCCCUCAGGAUUUGUGAGCAGAGACAGAUGACAGAACAAGUCCGCAGUAUCUGCAAGACUAUGGCAAUGCAAGCUCUGCGAAACAGCCGUUUGGGAUCCGCUCUGUCAUGGAGUAUUCGAGCCAAAGAUGCUGCUUUUGCAACACUCAUAUCAGACAGAUUUCUCAAGGAUUACUGCGAGAGAGGAAAGUUCUCUGAUUUGGAUCUUAUUGACAAUUUGGGUCCCACCAUGCUGCUUAGUGACCGUCUCACAUUCCUAGGAAAGUACAGGGAGUUUCAUCGGCUGUAUAGUGAGCAGCAGUUUACCGAUGCUGCUGGUUUGUUGCUUUCACUCAUGACUGCCAAGAUUGCCCCGUGUUCUUUCUGGCUUACCCUUUUGCUGGAUGCUUUGCCUCUUCUUGAACAGAAGCAGGUAAUCUUUUCGGCGAAGCAGACAUAUGCACUUAUUCAGUGUCUAGAGGAAAGGAUGGCAGGGAAGCAGGAAACCACAAAGCCACAGGAGAGCCAGAAAGCCCAGGAUGUCAGCAUAGAAAAUACUAAGGUUGAAAUGUUAAGACUGGCUCUUGCAAGAAACUUAGCACGGGCAAUCGUCAAAGAAGGAACACUGCAAGUUUAGACAAUACCUGUAGAUCUCAUUUUCUUGUACAUAAGCUCUGAAAUUAAAAAAUGUUCACUUUCUGGUA